AUGAGUACGAAACAAUCGAGUUUCUUGAUUGCUACAGUUUUGAUGCUAUUAUUGUUAGAUUUUACCGUCGAUGCUCAAUCUAGUGCCGAUGUUGUUUUUUCUUUGAAAAGAUAUGGUAACAUAGUGCUUGGUACUGACAUCACGAAGGCUUUACCAAAUGCAUGGAAGGAUGCAUGCACGUUCAACCGUUCUUGUGCGAUUGUUAUUCCGGGAGGGAUAUUUAAAGUAAAGGAAGGGAUAUUUAAAGGACCUUGUAAUAGCCCAAUUCACUUUCAACUUGGAGGAACAUUGCAGGCACCAAAAAGUCUUCAGGGAAAUAAUUGGAUUACUUUUGAACGUAUUGAUAGAUUGACAUUAUCAGGUCAAGGAGUUUUUGAUGGCCAAGGAAAGGCAGCUUGGAAAAAGAAUGAUUGCCAUAAACGCAUAAAUUGUGCCCAACUCCCUAUUGUAAGCAAUAUUCCUUCAGCUUUCCUUCUCAAUCUCGGGAAUGUUGUUGUUUUUAGGCAUCUUCUCUAA